UUCGUGAUAUUCCCGGAAGCGGAAGUGUCUGUCAGUGGUUUCUGUGCGGUACGGAGGCCCCUGGGACCGCGGGGAAGAUGCCAGUGGCCGUGAUGGCGGAAAAAGCGACGAGCUUCCAAAGACUGCUGGAGCAGUGCGAAGAGCAGGAGCUUGAGGCUCCAGGAGGCGUGGCCUCGCCUCAGGUUUACAGCCAGCUUUUAGUUCUGUAUCUGCUGCACAAUGACACGAAUAAUGCUCGUUACCUGUGGAAGAGGAUCCCACCUGCAGUCAGAUCUGCCAACUCAGAGCUUGGUGCAAUCUGGGAAGUAGGACAGAGAAUCUGGCAGAGGGACUUCCCAGGAAUAUAUUCAUCAAUUGCUUCCCAUCAGUGGUCAGAGAAUAUCCAGCCAAUCAUGGAGGCUGUGAGAGAUGCAACACGGCGACGUGCAUUUGGCCUCGUCUCCCAAGGAUACACAUCAAUCUCUGCUGAUGAUUUUGCAGCGUUUGUAGGACUUCCUGUGGAAGAAGCUGUAAAAGCGGUACUGGAGCAGGGCUGGCAAGCAGAUUCUGCCACUCACAUGGUGAUGCCAAAGAAGCCAGACUCUGCUCCCCUGUCUCUGAUUCCCAAUGAGCAGCAGCUUGCUAGGCUCACGGAUUACGUGGCUUUUCUAGAGAAUUAAGUAACGCUCCAAGACGAGAGAAAUGCUGAAACAUGAGUGAGAUGGCAGAAGAUCCCUGCACUUCUGGACACCUUUACAUCACUUGCUGAAUCUGUUGCUGCUGCGUAACCACACACAUUGUCAGAGUAAAGGACUUGCCUAGAAAGGGAGACCAUCAUGAAGACUGCUGCAUGCUGGGCUGUGGGGCUAAAACGCCCUUCUCUGCCAGAGAGACAUUAAAUGCUUUACAAAGCCAUAUAUAUUACUGGCUCCUUUGGCAAGGAAAGGAUUCAGUUUUUCAAAAGAGGCUUUAACAAUAGUUAUUAGCUUAGUUUUCCCCAUACUGGUUUGACAUAUUUUUUCCCCGUUUGAGUUGUAUUUUCUUAUAGGAUUCUGAGUAUUUGAUAUCUAAACCUUUUAAUGGUGACAAGGUGCAUGCACUCAGGAUUAUGCUCAAUUAUAUUUCCCCAUUGCUCAAAGAUAAGUGAGACCAGCUCCAAUAACAUUAGAUUUAUUAACAAACUUUUUUUUGCUGGUGGCCUAACAAGUUUCUGGCGCCCAAAUCAUCAUGUGAAAAAUGAAACCAUUGCUUCUUACCUAACUGAGUGCACUGUUGAAAGCUUUAAGAACUCUUAUGUCCAGUCAAUGAACUCAUUGACUUGCAAAAGAAACAACUUGCAGUUCUGGCUAAAAUGAUUUGUCAUCUUGCCCAUCUUUUAGUGGUCGAUCUAUCAACCCCAUCGGCAGGCUUCAUCUGCCUACGACUGCAGGUUCUCACAAGAGACCGCUACUUCCCUAACCUUUCCCCACCGUUUAGGUGGCAAAUUUCAAUCUCCCCGGUCUCGUCUGACUGGGGAGAUUGACAGCUCCUGCCCACGCAUAAUUGGCUGUGUGCGGGCAGGGGGGUGGGAUUGCACGCAAGCGCAAAAUAGCGCUUGUGUGCAGUGCUGAAUUCUAGCAGCGGAAUUUAUCCCGCCAGAGGCGAGCUGCAGCAGACAGGGGCGCAUAUGUGCACCCCUGUCUGCCUCAGCUUGAUAAUUCAACCCCUUAGAGUUAGAUUAAUAGGUGUACUUAGAGGCUGAAAUGUAAGCACUGCUGGGUGAUGGAUACCUUAGGGGUGCUGCAUGUUAAUAUUCACCAAUGUUUUAUUUGUUAAGUUGUAGCCUGGUAUUAAAACUAUUUAAUAGAGACGAGAGAUUAAAACUUUAACUAUGGGGGAAAAAAGUGUGUCCUUUUCAUAAUGCUUAAGAAAUAUUUUCUUUAAGUUCCUUAUGUUUUUAUUUAUAUUUUUAAAAUCAUAUUGUUUUAUGUAAUUUUAUCUGUCAGUGACUUGGAACAAAUAUUGACCUGGUAGGAAAUGA